GACAGGCAGCUCGGUACCACACGGUUUGCUCCUUGUGGUGAGAUGGAGGGGAGAAUAGGAAAAAGGUUACGCUUGUGGGUUUGAGAUAAAGAAAGUUGAGUAGAACAGAAAAGGAAGAGGAAGCAAGAGUCAGUCCAUACACACAAAGCAAACUGCAGAUAUCGUUUAGUCUCAUAUUGCCUAACUGAGGUUAGGAACUCUACGUCAUGUGUUGAAAGAGCGAAGAAUAACUUCUCUUUGUAUUAUCUUGCAGAAUGGAACCAAAUUCAGACGAAGAUAAACUUUUCAGACCGUCCUAUGUAGCUAGUGUGGAGCUACCUGAAAGAACAGGACUAGUAAACGUGGAAGAUAUUAAAACAAAUCUCUCUGAUGAGUUUAGUUCAGCUUCUUCAAGCUCAGACAUGAGCCGGAGGUCUAGUUUGGAGCCUAGGGGACACAUACAAGUUUGCCUGCGCAUUAAGCCCUUUACAGCACUGGAAAGAGCAAAUGGAUUGCAGGGGUGUGUUUCACUUGAGGACUCAACAAGCGUUAUACUGAAACCCCCUAAGAGCUCCUUGAGUCGACUGAUUGAAAAAACUGCAGGACAGACGAUACAGAAGUUCACCUUUUCACGAGUGUUUGGACCUGAAGCAACUCAAGAAGAAUUCUUUGAAGGUACUAUGAAGCAGCCAGUGCAAGACUUCCUAGAAGGAUGCAAUCGUCUUGUUUUUACCUAUGGCAUUACAAAUGCUGGGAAAACCUACACAUUCCAAGGGACAGAAGAUGAUGUUGGUAUUUUGCCAAGGACAAUGGAUAUGUUGUUUAAAACCAUUGGAGGAAGGCUAUACACAAAAAUGGAUCUGAAACCUAUUCGGUGGCGAGAUUACAUAAAACUGACUAAAGACCAAGUGAGAGAAGAAACUGCUCUUAAAAAUUCAUUGCUUCGUCUGACAAAAGAGGUAGAGCAUCUCAAUAGCACUAACAGCAAAGCACCGGCUGAUUCUAAGGAUGUAGGAAAUCUCUCCAAAGGAUCAGAAGAAUCUAGCGGAUUAUCUCUAGAUAAUUUCUCAAAGUUCUCUGUUUGGGUUUCAUUUUUUGAGAUUUACAAUGAAUGUUUUUAUGAUUUACUGGCUCCUAUGUCAGAUGACAAGAAAAAAAAGACCCUUCGCCUUGCUCCAGACAUCAAGGGAUAUUCUUACGUAAAAGGUCUGCAGUGGGUUCAGGUCUCUGAUUCUAAAGAAGCUUUUAGACUUUUUAAACUGGGACAGAAACACCGGAGUUUUGCAAGCACAAAGCUAAAUACUUGCUCCAGCCGAAGCCACAGUAUAUUUACAAUCAAGUUACUAAAAAUUGAAGACCUUGAAAUGCCACGAGUGACACGAGUCAAUGAAUUAUCGCUGUGUGACCUUGCUGGUUCAGAAAGGUAUACCAAGACGCGCAAUGAAGGUGAUAGACUGAAAGAGAGUGGAAAUAUCAAUACGUCUCUCCUGACUCUAAGCAAGUGUAUUAGUGCACUCAAGAUCAGUCAGCAGUCAAAGUAAGUCCUUGUACAAACUGUA